CUCUGUAGCACAGCUCCUUCUUGCUUGCCCAAGGCUAGACAAACGGAAUCGUUUCAUGUUGGGGAAAUCCAUUCGGUGGCUUCAGAUUUUUUGUUCCUUUUCUGGAGCAUCCGUUUUCUUCUCAACGAGGGAAGAUCAAGUCUUACUAAUGCAGAAUUUGAGGAGAUUGUCCAGACUGUGCUCCGGAAGGCCCUGCAGGAGUGUGAGGCUGCCUAUUCAUGUGCACCCUGGGAGGCAGCAGGUAAGGGCUCAGGUGCUUGAGACCCUCCCCCACGUGCCCCAGCUUGAGUUCUGGUCUUCUGGCUUUUGCCUGGCCUAGCCCUUGCUGCUGCAAGCAUUUGAAGAGUAAACCAGUGGAGAAAAGAUCUCUGUUUCUGUCUCUCUGCCUCUCAAAUAAAUAAUAGUCUUCUAAAUAUUAAAAAUAAAAUUCUAUGGCAUGACAGAAGGCCAAAGAUAAGCUCUUCCAGGCAAAGGGGAGGAGAUAUUGUAAUGAAAACUCUAAUUAGGGUAUAGUGGAGUUACUGUUUUCUUGUAUUGCUUCUCUGCUUAUAGAUAUUUUUUGGGAAAGGGAUAGGAUCUGACUUUCAUUUUUCAGAGUCUUCCUGUGCCCAGCUAGUAGUAUGUACCCAAUCAGACAAAGUGCCAGGAAUCGUUGCUUCUACUGGUAAUGAUACUGCUGAUGGAGAGAGGAUGAUGGUAAUUCAUACUCCAGAGAUUUCAGCCCCUCAGGAAGAUGAAGUUGUUCCUGAGUCAAGGGCAUCUAAGCGAGGCCAGCCAGAUCCUGCACCAUCUGAGAAGAAACUGAGUAGGCCGUGUUUAAGCAAAAGAAAGAAGGAAGCCCAAGAUGAGCAAGUGGAGAGAGUCCAAGGUGGACAUGAGCACAGACAGACAGACCAACCAAAGAAAAUGAUUAAAGACCUUUCUCAGAUCAGGGGCAAGCAAAAAGAAGAUAAAAGUGGUUUUGGUCAAUAUCUAGUUUGGGUCCAGUGUUCCUCCUCAAACUGUGAGAAAUGGAGGCGGCUGCAUGGGAAUAUCGACCCGUCAGUUCUUCCAGAUAAUUGGUCCUGUGAUCAGAAUACAGACUCGAAGUAUAAUAGCUGUGAUAUUCCUGAGGAGACCUGGACGGGGUGUGAGAGUGAAGUGGCCUAUGCCACCUACAUUCCAGGAUCCAUCAUCUGGGCUAAGCAGUAUGGUUACCCCUGGUGGCCAGGCAUGAUAGAAUCUGAUCCUGACCUGGGGGAAUAUUUUCUUUUUGCCUCUCAACUUGACUCCCUGCCGUCUAAAUACCACGUGACAUUUUUUGGAGAAACAGUUUCUCGUGCUUGGAUCCCUGUCAACAUGCUAAAGAACUUCCAGGAGCUGUCCCUGGAGCUAGCAGGAGUGAAAAAGUGCAGGAACAAGGACUGCAGCCAGAAACUGGAGGCAGCUCUAAUGAUGGCUCAACAGGCAGAACAGAUCGGCAUUCAGGAGCGGGUUAACUUGUUUGGUUUCCAGAGCCGAUACAAUGGAUCUGACAGCAGUGGGGAAGGGAAAGACUUAAGGCCCUCUGAGUCUAACAGCCCAGAGUCCUGCUUGGAGAAAGAUGGGGAGGAGGAGUCGGAGAUAGAGGAGGAGUCAGAGUCAGAGAAAAAGGACCCAACUUUGCCCAGUCCCAAGCAAGCCAAAAUACGAACAAAAAAUCCCAAGUCAAAGGUGGAGUUUGUUGCAGGCAUGACCAAUGGACGAGGUGGGACCCUGCCAAAGAAGACAAUGAAGAGCUCUCUAGACAGUGAAUCUACAGCUCCUUCUACACCCAUAAUGCGAGGGGAAGAAGACCAAAGGAAUUCAGAUCCUGAUCAGCCAGGCCCUAAGAAAAAAUUUAAAGCUCCCCAAAGCAAGGCCUCAGCAACCAGUUUGGCUGAGGAAGAAGUUAGAACAGUGCCCAAGGGCCUGACCCCACAAAUGCAAGGGGGGGCCUGUCCCUCGCUGGGGAAAAGACCCAGACUCCAGGAGCCAGCAGCUCGGGAGGCUGAAAUUCUCCCUCCUGAAGAUGAAGUCUCCAGUGACUUGGACCUGGAGCAACUCAUGGAAGAUAAUGGGAAAGAACCAGAAGAGAGAGAGGAGCCUCAGCACAGAGACAGUGAAGAGGAGUUCAUGGCCCUCUUCGAGGAGUAGCUGUGUUCUCUUGCCUCCCUGGAGCCAGGAGGAAGGUUGUUCAGUGGGGUCCUGAGACAUGGACAAAUGUUGAGCUGUUAACUGGCUAGAAGGUUCAAGUCAUGAUCAUGCAGUUUGUGUGUUAAUAAAGCAGGUUACUGAUGCCUUGGAUUUGGUUUGUGUCUAACCACAGGUGGGUUUGGCUCUUUUCUUCUCCCGUGUUCCCCAUAGCACAUUGUGGUUUCUGGUGUAGACUCUGCACAGUACAGGAGUCUGGGGAGGGCAGUGAGUCCUGGGAGACCCUCACAAAGGGCAGGUCCAGGUUCAGAUGCUGGCUCAGCUCCAAGGCCUGUGCAGCCUUUAGCCACCUGGUUCUUCUUUCCAUGCCCCAGUGAGCACAGCAUCCACCUGGGCUUUCUUGUAGUGCCUCAGUAUGGUGACACACGGAGCACAUGUCACAGUGCUGACGGUUAGGGGGAGAGACGAUUAGGGUCAGAGCCAGGGCAGGCCUUGGGUUCUGGGAAGGCUAGCAGUGUCGGGAUUUGUGUGCUGUGGCCUGAGGCAGUCGCUGAAGGAAAGUUCUGGAGGAGGGGUCUUGGGUGUGGUCUGUGUAUUGGAGUUUGUUUUUGGUGGGAGAGACUGAAGUUGAAGGUGGUUCAUUUUCUCCUUAGAUGUCUUCAGGCAAGUUCUCUGCAUGUUUAUUUUUGUGGGAAAUGGCCAAGAAGUGAAGGGGCAGUGUCUGUUUGCCUCGGUUCCUUUGUGGCCUUUGACACCUGCUCAUGUCUGAGUCAUCUAUUUGUGGCCUCUGUUGUUGGUGGCAGCUGUGAUGCUUCCUCGUGGGUGUGUAGUUUCCUCUAAGGAUGACGUCAUUCGGUCCCACUCAUUUGGUGUUUAAGACAGAGUACAAGGUCUCUUCUUGGGGACUGCUACAGGAAGGGUGGUGGAGAGGUGCUCUCAGCGAGGUUGGACUGGAGAAUGCA